AUGGCGUGGAGACAACAAGGAAGCACUGGAUCGAAUAACAUUCCUUUGGGAAAUCGACGACGUUUUCCUGGCGAUGGCGGAUCUGCUCAAGAGGAAAGCUAUAGCCCAGCUCCAUCUUCCAAUAAUUAUUCUUCCAAUAAUCAACAAGAUUCAGGUAUCAAGCGUGGAAGAAGUCCAACUGUGAAGUCCGAAGAACCUGCAGGCGAUGGAUCUCGACGUCGCAAGAAGAGAAAUCGUUGGGGUGAUGCUACCGAGAAUAAGGCUGCAGGCCUUAUGGGACUUCCAACUGCAAUCAUGGCGAAUAUGACAAGUGAACAACUUGAAGCUUAUACCUUACAUUUCCGUAUCGACGAAAUUACACAAAAAUUGAGAAUCGAUGAUGUUGUUCCAGCGGAUGGCGACAGAUCUCCUUCGCCCGCCCCUCAAUACGAUAACUUCGGUCGCCGUGUCAACACUCGAGAAUACAGAUACAGAAAGAGGCUCGAAGAUGAGCGACACAAAUUGAUUGAUAAGGCUAUGAAAGUUAUUCCUAACUAUCAUCCACCACAAGACUAUCGCCGUCCUACUAAGACUCAAGAGAAAGUCUAUGUGCCAGUCAAUGACUACCCAGAAAUUAACUUCAUUGGUUUACUUAUCGGUCCUCGUGGCAAUACAUUAAAGAAAAUGGAGACAGAAUCUCAAGCUAAAAUUGCUAUCCGUGGAAAAGGAUCCGUCAAGGAAGGAAAGGGCCGUUCCGAUGCAGCCCACACCAGCAACCAGGAGGAGGAUCUUCAUUGUUUGAUCAUGGCAGAUACCGAAGAGAAGGUCGAAAAGGCAAAGAAAUUGAUUCACAACAUCAUUGAAACUGCCGCUUCUAUUCCAGAAGGUCAAAACGAGCUUAAGCGUAAUCAACUCCGUGAACUCGCUGCUCUCAACGGUACACUUCGUGAUGAUGAGAACCAAGCUUGUCAAAACUGUGGUGAAAUUGGCCACAGAAAAUACGAUUGUCCUCAACAACGCAACUUCACUGCCAACAUUAUCUGUCGCGUUUGUGGUAAUGCUGGACAUAUGGCUAGAGAUUGUCCAGAUAGACCUCGUGGUGCCAAUUGGCGUAAUGAUGGCCCUGCAGGUCCAAAUGCUGUACCAGGUCAAGGACGUAUCGGCGCAGGCGAUGCUGUUGACCGCGAAUACGAGCAACUUAUGCAAGAACUUUCUGGUGGUGCCCCAGCUGCUACAGAUGCUCCUCGUCGUAUCGAAUCUGGUCCAUCAGGUUAUGACCAAGGUCCACCAAAGGAUCAAGAAGAUGUCAAACCAUGGCAACGAGGUCCAUCAAAUGCUCCUGCUCCAUGGCAAAGAGGAAAUGAUGGACGUGAUAACCGCGAUCCUCGUGAUUCUCGCGACUCUGCGCCUUCUGGUCCUGCUCCAUGGGCCAGACGAGGUGAUGACAGAGAUAGAGGGGGCUACCAAAAUGGUGGAUACAAUGCUCCACCAUCUGCUCCUUGGGCAAAGCAAUCGCAAGCACCAGCUGCACCAACUGGUCCUGCUGCUUAUCCUGGUCAAAAUGGUUAUGCCCCUGGAUAUGGUAGCUAUCCUACUCAACCACCACCAAUGGGUGCUCCUCCUGGUCUCAGCAGUAUUCCAGGACCCCCAGGCCUUAGCACUGCUAGCAUCAAUGCUCUCCUUCAACAAUAUGCCAAUGCUCCUCCUCCACCUCCUCCAUCAAAUUCUGCCCCUCCACCACCUCCACCUGGAAGUGCUCCUCCUCCACCACCACCAAGCGAUCAACCACCACCACCACCUCCUCCAGGAAACUAA